AUGGACGCUGAGUGGCAGUACAACCUGCUCGACGAGGAUAUGUCGCUAAUUAUGGACCUGAAUGAUCCUUUUGGGUCUAUACCUCCUGAGAUGGACCUCUCCCUCUUUGACUCAUAUCAACCAGCAGACGACACGGCAUUGACUAUGAGAGAUCCACUAUUGGGUCUCGCUAUAGCAUGCGAUGAAUACCUACCGGAUGGAGCAUACCCUGACUUUCUAGCCGACGUAACCAGCCGAACAGAUAACAGUUCUUUCCCAAACACAGACUGUCCGACUACCUUUGAUGAGCUGAUUUGGCUCAUCGCUAUCACCUGGCUUCGAGAGCACUAUCAUUUCCCCUUACAUCACACGAUCCCCCGCCCUAUGGCACUCGCCAGAGCUGAAUUACAUGCGGAACAAUAUAUCUUCUUCCAGUUCUGCCCAUCAAUAUUCACCUUUAUCUUCUGCAACACUUUCAACAUCCUCUCCAUCAAUCCCUAUAAGCGAAUCAUCACUGGCGCAAAAGGGAAAGGCUACUAG